AUGGAGGAUUCUGACAGUAGCAGUAGAAACAAUGUUGAAGCUGACGGGAUAGAAAAUGAAGAUCAGGAAGAAGGUGUUGAAAACACAAAGCAAACCGAAAAUAAAUCGUCUACUUUCGAUUUCACUGAACAGUCAUGGCGUACUGAUUUUGUUCUAAUUGUUGAAGGAACGAAGCUGUAUGUAGCCAAGAAUAUAUUAUCACUUGCCUCGCCGGUUUUUGAUACAAUGUUUCAAUCCAACUUCAAGGAAAGUUCCUGCUACGAAUUGGAAUUGCCCGGGAAGAAGUUAAAUGACGUCAUAGAAUUCCUACGAUGUAUAUAUCCGAACACAUUCACGCAAAUGACUCGUGAUAGUGCUUUGAAAGUGUUACCUCUCUUAGAAGAAUAUCAAGUUUUACAACAUAAACCAAGAUGCGAAACUAUUUUGUUGGAGAGCGUCAGUGCAGAAACAGGUGUUGCAGAAUUGAUUCAUCUUUUACAGGAAGCCUGCAUGUACGACUUGCAAAAACUUCGUGAAAAAUGCUUGUCACUGUCAUCAGAAAAACCUGAUGAAGAGCUAGGCGAAUUAUUAGACAAAUGUUCCCUACCAGCAGAAGCUGCGAAAGAAAUUCUACAGAAGGUAAAUAAGAAAUUAAGAGAAGUUAUUGCAUCUCUUAAAACUUCGAUUGAAGACGUUUCCGAGAAAACCAAGGAAAAUAUUGAACAACUUAAAACUACAAAUGUUGAACUGAUGGAAGAACUAGAUAUCAUGAAAUAGUAUUUAUCGGCAGAUAUGAAAGGGACUCAAGAUGUUGGACUUGAUAAUAGAUGUCGCUGGGAAGAAACACAAACAAUUCUAGCUGUUAAUAUGGAGGACGAUUGCAUAAAAUCUGAAAAAAAUGUCGUGAUUUGGAGCAUCCCAAUUCGUAUUUUGGCUUCUGUUAAUAAGGAGAGAAUGAUGAAUAUCGAAAUACGAAACACAGGAAGAAGGAUCGAAUGCCAGUUAAAAGUGCGACUUAUCCUUGUCAAUAGGCAACCAAAUGGCUUAAAUGAAUCAUUUACGUUUGGGGGUCAUUUGCGAAGCUAUAUGGAGAAAAUAGAUAAGGAUAUUAAAAGAAAAACUGAAGUCAUGGAUUGCGGGAACGGAUUUGUUUGCAAUGGAAAAAUUGGGUUGAUAGUGCAAAUAUAUAUGUCAAAACCAAAUAGACAAUAAUAUAAUACAUGCGGCGAUGCUAUCAUUAUAGAAAACAGCAUAAGCGUUCAAGAAGAAGUAUUCUUGCAUACCAGACGGGGAUUUCCGGUAUUUUUACCGGUGCUGGAAAAAUCUGUAUACAAUGACCGUCUUAAUCCGUUUUUUUUAAAUAGGAGAUUUUGAACCUAGAUAGAUC